AUGCUGAAGGAACUUCUUCAACAAGGAAGUCGGAUUUUGCGAUUAGCAGCAUCCAAAGUCGACCAGCUGGCUUCUGCCGUUACUGUCGCUUCAUCAGAAGAAAGUAUUAAGCACCUCAAGCGUUCCGAACAGUUGCUACAAACUCAUCAACUGCGGAGCGAAAAUGCACAAAAAGCAAUCGAAGCCAAAAUCGACACGGUGCUGCUGAAAAUGGAAUCGAUCACGAAUCGCCUCGAUCGAGUAGAACAAAUGAUGAAGGGAACCGCUACUACUUCUGCAUUGAAGGAACAGCCGUCGGUGGAACAAACUCGAUGGAGAAAGCUUUAG